UUAGGUGCUGAAAGCUACAUCUGUUGGUCAAGCUGUACAAUAACUGUUCAGCCUGGAGGAUCUGUCACCAUCCCAUGUUAUUAUGAUGAGAAAUACACACCGCAGAAGAAAUACUGGAAUUCAGGAACUGAUCAAUCUAGUACAUUCACAAACACAACAGAGGAGAAUCUGUCAAUAAUUGAUCAUCCUGAUCAGAGUCUCUUCACUGUGAUUAUGAAGAACCUGCAGGAGAAACACACUGGCCGUUAUUAUUGUGUUGUGGAGACUGGAGAAGAUCCAUCAAUUAAAGACAUAUAUGAGCCUUAUCUGCAGGUUCAGGCUGCUCCUGACAUGUCUGUGAUGAGCAGCAGUGUAUCUGCACAUGAAGGUAGUAAUGUCAGUGUUCAGUGUUUCUACAGUUCUGAAUAUCAGAAUAAACUAAAACGCUGGUGCAGAUAUAAAGACAAGAGCUGUUUCACAGAGGAGAAGACUGACAUAUCCCAGAAUUCAUCAGUGCAGAUCAGUGAUGUUGGUGAAAGCUCCUUCAUUGUGCUGAUGACUGGAUUGAGACACUCUGAUUCUGGAUGGUAUUUCUGCUCUGCUGGAGAGCGAAUCAUUCCUGUUCAACUCACUGUAACUGAGGCCAAACCAACUCAUGGUGUGUUUGUGAAGAGCAGCAGUGUGUCUGGACUUGAAGGUGGUAGUGCCAGUGUCCAGUGUUUCUACAGUGAUAUAUACAGGAAUGCGCUGAAACAGUGGUGCAGAAUUAAAGAUAAGAGCUGUUACCCAGUGGAGAGAUCCCAGAAUCAAUCGGUGCAGAUCAGUGAUGAUGGUGAAAACUCCUUCACCGUGUUGAUGACUCGACUGAGACUCUCUGAUUCUGGAUGGUAUUUCUGCUCUGUUGGAGAUCUGCAGGUUCAUGUUCAACUCACUGUCACUAAACCUAGACUCAAAGGUAAGAUCACAAACCAUAAAAUUAAUGUCACUCUUAAUGCCUGA